AUGGACCAUGUCAUCUUUCUGGAUCAUCGACGAAGCAGCAAGCUGAGCAGCGGAAGAGCAGACCUACUUCUGAAAGAGGAAUUGUUCGCCAUCUCGACAGAGUUUGCUGCCAUCCCCGGAGAUGAUGAUCCAAAGAAAGGCAAAAGUAAACGGUCCUGUCCAGAGUUCGCUGACGCAACAGCCGACUGGCAAUCAGAUGCAACCAUCGAGAAGAAAUUGAGGGACUUCGUGAAAUCCAAACCAGAGCUCUUUGUUUCGGAGCCUCAGCGUGAUUCAGACAGAUUGAACAUGGCAGCGAAAGCUGCAGCUGCGAGCUGUCCCUCAGCUUUCUUCUUUCAAGGAUGCGAGUCUACUACUUUCGCCGAAGUCUCGGGACGUUCCGAGACCCUCAUUUUCCAAAAGCGGGAGUUCAUACUGCCUCCGAUGUCUCGUGGCAUUCUUGGUUCCCUCGAUGUUGACCUCACCACCCCGAAGCUCUUGGAAGCCGCCGAGGAUUUAUACGGGAGUGAAGGCAAAUACGACAUUAUCGUCAUGGACCCUCCUUGGAUGAACAAAUCCGUGAAAAGACAACGGCGCUACAUGACUGAAUCUGCUGAAGAUAUACUUUCUCGGGUACCGAUCCCAAAUCUCCUCCACGACGAUGGUUUGCUCGUCGUUUGGUACACACACAACGAGCGACACUAUCGUCAGUUGAAAGAUCAUUUGGCUCAUUGGAAUUUGCGGAUCCUCGCCAACUGGACCUGGUUAAAAGUGACUACCUCUGGGAAAGAAAUCUGCCCCUUCGGACGUAAUUUCAAGAAGCCGUACGAGCAUCUAUUGCUAGCGGCCAGACCUGACGCUACGUUCUCAGCAAAAAGCAUCGAGAGCGACCAGCUGAUUCUGGUCUCCGUUCCGAGUGCGGUGCACUCCCACAAACCGAACUUGGACGAAGUCUUGGAUAUUAUCUUCGGAGCGAAUUGGAAUAAGCCACGGCGUUUGGAAUUAUUCGCUCGAGCCUUGAAGUCGAAUUGGGUUUGCGCGGGAAACGAAGUCAUCAAACUGCAGAGUCGAAAUCUCUUCAGCUCAGAAAUAUUGACAUAA